GCCCGCCCGCCCCGCAUUCCCGCUCGCCAUUUGGAAGUUGUCACCACUCACCAACCACCCUAUCCAAGUAUCCAUCGCUUCCCUCCUCGGCCGACCGGCUGUCUCCGGCAACACGAAGGACACUACCACGUCCUGGGAGGCCGGGAGGAACCGAACGAUCGACUGAGCCAUGGCCAACACCGCCGCGACAUCCCGGCGCACAGCCAUGUCAUCGUCGUCGUCGUCGCCGCCGCCGCUUUCUCUUCUUCUCUGCGUGUCGCUGCUGCUCUCCUCCACGGUGCAGCAACCGCCUUCCACCCAGGCCCAGCAAGCAGCAUCGCAAGCCCUCGACCCGGCCUUCAUGUUCGGCUGGCUCAACAACAAGCGGGACUACACCGCCGGCGACACCGCGGUCAUCCAGGCCAUGCCCCUGAACGUCCGCGCCGCCGCCGCCGUCCGCGCCUCGCUGUCCUUCACGUUUUCGGUGAACGGCAAGGAAGGCAACAGCAGGUACGUCACGGACGUGGCGGCCAACAUCGGCGACGACCCCCACGCCUGGACCAUCUCCUUCGUGCCCCUGCGCGCCGGGAACUUCGCCGCGCUCGUCGGCGAGAAGCGGUUCGUCCCCGCCGAGUGGCCGCUCACGUUCACGGUCGCCGCGGCCGCCAUGCACCCGUCCGCGUCGCGGGCGUCGUGGACGUUCCCCGGCCGCCGCGUCGUCGCCGGGUCCAGGGCGUUCCUGUCCAUCUUCCCCCGGGACGCCUUCAGCAAUGCCAUCGCGCGGGGACCCGACAUGCCGGACUACUUCAGGGUGUCGGGCUCCUACCUCAACGGGUCGGCCGUGGAGCUCUGGGAUUUUCACUACAACGGGUGGACGGAGGAUGGACGCAUCGGCGUCGAGUUCAGGUCGAGUGUCGCAGGCGACUUGUUGGUGCAUGUUUACGGGGAUGGUAGGGAGCUACGUGAUUCGCCUCUAUUGCUCACAGUGAAUCCAGGUGUGCUUAACAUAGCAGUCAGCACAUGCAGCUGGAAGCAUGGAAUCAAUACUUUGCAGGUGUCCUCCAAGCUGGAGAUAUUCAUAUAUCAGAGAGACUCCUUUGGAAAUAUUGUUCCAGAUAUCCAUCCAUUCGAUGCUCAAGUAGUUGAUAAAGCCUCAAAUUUGACCAUCCCAAUAGUGGAUCUUGCGAUGGAAGCAGUAGCUGAUGGAGUGCAGCUCCUAUCUUUUAAUGUUGUAGAGGCUGGACAGUUUUCUCUCACAAUUUUCGAUGCUCCACUGGACGAAAGGGUUUCCAACACUGUGCACAUGUUUGAUGUUUUCGUAGGAUAUUGCAAUGGAUCAAACAGUUUUGCAAAUGGGUCUGGUUUGGCAAAUUCUAGUGCUGGCUCAACGUCAUCUUUUUCUGUUUUCUUGUUGGAUCACUACAGAAUCCCUUCUCCAGUUGAAACGGCAAGGAUGCAAGUGAAGAUUUUGGGUAAAAAUGCCACAUCUUACGCAGACCCAAUCAUAACACCUGGAAGAGAAUCAAAUGGUAAUGUUAUAUGUUCAUUUAGCGGUUUAGCCUUCUAUGCCAUUGCUGGGAAUUCAAAUGUGCAAACCAGUAAAUUUAAUGUUUCAUAUACUCCUCGAAUUGCUGGGGAAUAUGAAAUUUGGGUACUGUGUGGGAACAUAGUGCUAAAUGGUGGAAAUCCAUAUGCCAUGACAGUUUUGCCAGGUGCUAUCAAUAUGUCUUUGUCAAGUGUUGUCAAGUUUGACCCCAAAGUAAAAUUAUCAGUUGAAAAUGAAGUUGUUGUUCGACUUGUUGACUCAUUCAUGAACCCGGUGGUGUCUUUCAAGUCAAAAUUGAAAUUUCAGCUGAUAUCUGCAAGCAUCACAAGUACCACUAGUUUUGUGGCAAAAGAAUUUGUUGACAAUGGAGAUGGAUCAUAUACUGCUCAUUAUGUGGCAAGGGGACUUGGUUCAUAUGGCAUAUGUGUUCUUUAUGAGGAUAAACAGCUGACUCCAUGUCCAUUCGACGUCACCGUUCUUGCAGAUGAAUACUUUUCAGAUGUUAAAAAUGAUACUGUUUCAGUGUGGGAGGAUGAAUCCACUUCCUUCGAUGUAUUGUCAAAUGACCGCAUUGCAGGAAGUAAAGUGGAAAUAGCUAACUCAUCUUCUCCACUUCAUGGGUCAGUCCAGUUCAGCAAAACCUACCGUUACACACCUUUCGAAGGAUUCUUUGGGAAUGACUCAUUCUCGUAUACGGUAUGUGAUGAGCAUAACAAUGUCGUCACUGCAACAGUCUUCAUAUCUGUUCUCUGCAGACCACCUCAGUUCAUAUCUUUACCCGACAAGUUGCAUGUUACUGAAGAUACAAUCAGCCCACUAUUUGCUGGAUUUCCGGGGAUGAAAAUGGUGUAUUCAGAUGCAACAGAAAAUAUAUCUGUUACAGUGACAGCAGAGUCCGGGAGUGUGUUCUUUGAUCCAGUGCGAAUUAAACUUCAACAGCUAUCAGAUAGUAUACUUUCGAUUAGCAGCAAAGGUACAGGUGGCAAAGACCUGAUGUUACAAGGAACGAUAGAAGUGGUAAAUGAUGCACUAAAGUAUCUGUUGUACAGUGGAAACGAAGACUUCCACGGAAACGAUGUUAUAUCUCUACAUGCCUCGAGCAGAAAUGGUGUACGAAAAACUCAGUUCCCAACCUUCGUUGAACCAAUCAAUGAUCCUCCGGUGAUACUUGCUCCAAGUUCAAUUUUCUUGAGUGGGAACCAAUCAAUGGAAGGACAUAAAAUAUUUGAUAAGCACAGGGAUACAUUCCAAUUCUCCAUUGUUGAACCUGAUCUUCACAAUUUCCCAGAGAACAAGUCUUCCUUUUUCCUAGUGCUCUCGCUAGAAGUUUUGGAGGGAACGUUAGCCACCACCUUGCCAUCCAGUGCCAUCGCCGCUGCAUCGAUGAAGACUGAAGGCAUUGACGGUUGGCAGUCGCUUCAGACAUAUGUGACCAUCGCAAAUCACUUUGUACUGAAAGGAACUGCCAUCAGGUUCCAUGGGAGCGUCCAGGGCUGCAACAAUGCAAUGCAGCAGUUGCAUUACAAAGGUCCAAGGCAUGGAACAACGUUGUCCAUCACUGUGAACGACCUGGGAAACCAUGGAUGCUAUCCUGACUGCUCAGAGAGAAUGACGAUGCCACUUACCACUGCCAAGACUGUUCGUCUAGUUCCAGUCAUCAAAACAAAACAUGUGAACUCUAGGCGAACUAUCUUGUUUAGAUGGUUGGCAGCAGCUGGGAUCGUGAUAAUGUUAUGCCUUGGCUGUGUUCUCAUGUGUUGCCUAUGCAAAUGCAUGAGAGCUUUGAAGAGUACACGAAGAUACAAAAUCUAUGGUAAAAUUCGCACAACGGAGAAGACCCCAUUUCGUCAGAAUAUGGGUGCUUCACCAUCGCAAUGCGAGGAAGUCGGAUAUUGCCCUGCUACUGCAACUGUGCCCAAGCUCGGUGCAAACCGAUCAACUCUUCGUCAGAGGUCUCCACGUUCAUGCAAGCAAGAACUGGAACUCCAGCCAGUCUCCGGGACCAUGAGCAAUAGAAAUGAAGAAAGCCUUCCUGUUACAGACAAGGACAAAUAGGCGUUUAUAAUUUACCCGUUGUCUGGACCCAAACUAUCUUCUGCUCAUCCCAAAAACUUGUCAGAUGCCACUGAACGAGUUUUCAGUGUAAUAUUGGAGUGCAGCAAAGAGUGUUGCAGAAUGUAAAUAAAAUGGGGAAACUAGA